AUGGGAAUUGAGAUAUUCUACUUCUAUAAUGUACCCCAACGACGUUUAGAAGAAUAUUUCGCACAAGUUACAAGCUUAACAUUUGUAACUUCUGGUAAUCCAAGUGGUGGCUAUAUCCUAAAUGAAGGUGCUCCUGCUCUAGCUGCAAAAGGCGGACUGCGGGGAGAGCUUGGGGCGGGGAAUGGGAAAGCCAGGGAUCGGCAAGGUUCAUUCAUUCCUCUUCUCUCCAUCUUGCGUGUCUUCUUACGUCCAUCUCCACAAAGCUACUACUUGUACAAGCUACAAUAUAUAAGCCAACUGGAGCAUACAACGUGUCACAGCACUCGUUGCAGAUCCAGCCAUACAAAAUGUGAUGAAAAACGUCCUCGCUGCGGGCGCUGUCAAAGACUUGAGCUUGAAUGCCAGCUAUCCGACUUCAUUAUCCCCUCGAACUGGAAUUCCUCAUCCUCUCAGGCACAAACUAUAGACCUAGGAGCUCGUUUUCCAGUCUCCACCUGGGACAUAUUCAAUAAUACUUCUACCCCAUUGGGCAAUGCACUCCCACCCAUUCAAUCCAUCCCCUCUACUAAAUCACCAUCACCUCCAACUCUCGAUGCAGAAAAGGUAACACUACUCCAAGAAUACCAAAACGGAGUAGGAACAUGGGUAAGUCUAUUCGACAGCCCUCGCUAUCUCACGCACACCAUUGUCAAACGUGCCCUUGGAUCCCCACUACUUCUAAACGCGAUCUGCGCCCUCACCGCCAGACAAAUGAGCAUGGCGGGUAGAGGCGACAUGUGGAAAACCACCGCCGUUCAUUACUAUGGAGAGAGCCUCCAUCAUUUGAUUCAUAUGUUGAAUGGCCCAUCAUAUGGCUCUGAUGAUACCCUCGCUGCAACAGUUCUACUGAGUAGCUACGAGCUGUUUACAUCUCCAGGUCUAGAUCAUCGUCGCCAUGUAUCGGGUGCUAAGGCUGCAGCUUUCUGGGUGUAUGCGCGGCAGGAUGUUGCCAUGGCCUUGGUACAUGAGUGUCCUACUAUGCUUUUGCCGGAUGAGUGGGGGGUGGAGUGGACUGAUGAGGAGAUGGAUGAGGAUUCGCAUACGUUUGGGGAGGUUGGUGGUGUCGCUGAGCACUCGCUGCGUCGUGAUAGGCUGCGGUUGGUUGAAGAGUUGGAGACCUGGAGGGGGUCGUUGCCCCCAUCGUUUGCUGGUAUACCUUUUGCACAUCUGCUAUUGCUCACCGAAGGACGCAAUCCAUCCCUUGCGGGUGAGAUUUCACCGGAUGAAGUGGAUAAACAUGCACGAUCUGUGGCAAGCAUAGCCUCAUCACCUAUAUCGGAUGCUUCACUUGUGCAAGCAGGGCAGCCAUUGUAUUACUCAAAACACAUAUCCACUAUUGCUGAGAAGUUUAGAAUGUGGACACUGUUAGACGGCAUUGAGAACCGGCUCGGAUUCCAUACCGGUCAUCGCAUCAAGCAGCUGCAACAACAAUUUAAACUAAUUUGA